CUGGCAUUCAUCGUAUACGGUUUUAACUCAAAAUGAGUUCCAGUUCAAGAAACUAUCAGAAGAGAAGCAAGGAUGACCGACGAAAAGCAAAAGAUAGAAGAAAGGUAGACGACAGAAGGGUACGGCGCAGUGAUGAAGACAGCGAGCCAGGAAAGUCUUCCGAGGAUGAUCGGCCUCCAGCUUUCUAUGUUUGUGAGCCAACUAAAUGGACUAUAGCUGAUUCGGAAAUGACCGACCCUAUCUAUGUCCGGGACACUGACAUGUCUCAUUUUGUCCCUCUUCCCCAGGCUGAGUCCGACUAUCGCCCGUCUACUGACCCGCGCAUAGAAGAGCACUUUAUUGGCGUCCGUACAAGCGAAGAGGCUGGCGCUAUAGUAAAACCCGACGAUUUUGUGUUGUAUUACAAAAGAGAAGAGGAUGAUGAUCUCGACGUCGCCAUUCCUCUAUACUUAGCGCACAGGAACACAAGAAACAGACUUUUCCACUUUCCUGUGGUAAGGUAUGCCGAGGAUAAUGGCUCGAAAUGGUGGCACGUUCAAAUCGGACACAACAGUAAAACACAAUCGUUCCGAUCACUCUCGGAUCUUGUAAGAUGUUAUCAUCUCUAUCGUUUCACGGAUGCCCGUACUGGUCGUAUGGAAGUGUUUCCAUUAUGGAAAGGAGGCAUUCUUGAUGAUUACCAAUGAACGCAGUGAUUUAAUAAGAAGGAUGAAUAAAGGAUU